GUUCUCUAUUCAGUAGUAGUUCCGUAAAUAUGUCGUCAAUGGGCGCCAGCGACAUCAAGGGACGUAGAUUGCAAUCCUGUUUAACAGGCCUCACUUCGUGCUGUCAUCUCUCGGCAAACGGGACUCACUUCGAAGAUGGGUGAUCUGCGAACGUGCCAGUAAACGCAGAGAGACGUUCGACCACGGUUGACGCAACCCGAGCUCGUUGCCCACUUGGUAUUGGUUCUAAGCGCAGACAUAGUGCAGGCAGAUAAUUUAACAGUUACUAGAAUCUUUAGUGUCCGCUGCUCUUUCAAAAAUGUCGACGACAGAGACCACAAGUCAAAGACCAAGACUGAAGUACGAAGGAAAAGUCAUGUUAGCACCGAUGGUGCGCAUUGGGACGCUCCCCAUGCGACUUUUGGCUCUCGACUACGGCGCCGACAUAGUCUACACGGAGGAACUGAUCGACUGGAAACUCCUUCGCUCGAUACGUCGUCCAAACGAAGUACUCGGCACUGUUGACUAUAUCGAUCGCACCGACGGUACUAUAGUCUUCCGCAGUUGUCCUCGCGAAAGGGACAGAGUCGUCCUCCAGUUAGGCACAUGCGAUUCUAAUAGAGCACUUCAGGUUGCGCGCAUGGUGCAGCAUGACGUGGCCGGUAUAGAUGUCAAUAUGGGAUGCCCUAAGAAAUUUUCCAUGAUGGGUGGAAUGGGUGCUGCUCUUCUCAAGAACCGAGACAGAGCAAAAGACAUUCUCACUACGCUGGUCAAUGGAAUCGAUAUCCCAGUGACAUGUAAGAUUCGAGUACUCUCGAAUGUGGAAGAGACACUUGAAUUGUGCGAGAAUCUCCUUUCUACCGGAAUAUCUGCCAUUGCUGUGCACGGAAGAACGACGGAUGAGAGGCCUCAGCAUCCGAAUCGCAACAAUUUUCUUCGCGAAAUCGCUGGAAGAUUGCCAAUACCUGUAAUCGCAAAUGGCGGUUCCAAAGAGAUAGAGAGUCAUCGGGAUAUUUUGAAAUUUAAAGCGGACACUGAAUGUAGCAGUGUAAUGCUCGCUAGAGCUGCAGAAUGGAAUUGUUCCAUUUUCAGAAAAGAUGGUAUUCUGCCAAUUGAGGAUGUAAUAAAGGCGUAUCUCAAGUAUGCCGUAGAUUAUGACAAUUCGCCAUCCAAUACGAAAUACUGCGUGCAGAAUAUCCUGCGCGAUCUACAGGAAACUCCGUUUGGUAGAAAAUUUCUGAAUGCCCAGACAUUGGAACAAAUAUGCGAUGUGUGGCAGAUGGGAGAGUAUUGUCGCUCGAAGCGUAAAGAGUACCUCGAGAAUGGUCUUCAGGGUAGAUUCCAGGUUGUCCCGAUGUCGCUCGAUAAUUCCAGAGGCGUGAAGCGAAAAUACGACAAUGACGAUGUCAUCGUUAUGAAUUGUUCCUUUCUCAGGAAUAAUUACACGUCCGACAUUGACUUGCCGAAGACUCGGCUACUCAAGUGGAUACGUGAGAAUAAAAAAGAAAUGCCAACAUAUGACACCUGGAAGGAAGACAAGCUUUUUAGAUCCAUCGUUAUCGUGGAUCAGAAGAAAUAUAGUUCUUCCUUUUGGGAGAAAAACAAAAAGUGGGCUGAGCAAGGAGCCGCGCUGGUGUCUCUUUGUUCUCUUGGAGUGAUCGACACGAAAUCAUUGAUUCGAAGCGGAAACCUCUUGGCUUGAUCAUCAACGAUGCGCUGGUACUGGGCGUAUCCGUUCUCCACUCUCCCACCUAAAAUGUACGUUCCUUAUGCAUUUUGUAAAUAUAAUAAUACUACGAAUAAAAGGCGGCACGAUCCUUA